AAGUUCUGCAUGUGUUUCCAUCAUGUGACGCAGUCAGUGUGGUUCAGGGAGGAGUUUCUUCAGCCAUGUCGGUGAACAUUCAUGUGAACAGCCCCAAUGUGAAGUACACAGAUACUCACAUAGUGGCUCAGUAUCCCUAUCACACCUCUUCAGUAACCAGGGAGGGGAACAACCUGACGGUGACCCCCAAAACCACCGAGAUGACGUUUCGCACUGAGAAGCGUGUUCCCCGGCUUGGUGUGAUGCUGGUGGGCUGGGGUGGCAACAACGGCACCACAGUCACAGCAGCUGUACUGGCCAACAAGCUGGGUCUCACCUGGAGGACAAAGACUGGAGUGAAGAAAGCAAAUUACUUCGGCUCCCUCCUGCAGGCUUCUUGUGUUUGCGUGGGAUCAGGGCCUGAAGGCGACGUCAACGUGCCCUUUCGUGACCUCCUACCCAUGGUGCACCCUGAUGAUAUCGUCUUUGAUGGCUGGGAUGUGUCCUCUAUGGAUCUGGGUUGUGCUAUGGAGAGAGCUCAAGUUCUCGAAUGGUCCUUACAAGAGCAGCUGCUACCACUCAUGAGCCGCAUGAAACCCAGACCGUCCAUCUAUAUCCCAGACUUCAUUGCUGCAAACCAAGAGAGCAGAGCUGACAAUGUCCUCCCUGGGACCCUGGCAGAGCAGAUGGAGCGGAUCAGAGCCGACAUCAGGGACUUCCGCCUGUCGAGUGGUGUGGACAAAGUAAUCGUUCUGUGGACAGCGAACACUGAGCGUUUCUGUGAUAUCAUACCGGGGGUCAAUGACACCGCCAAAAAUCUGCUAGCUGCAAUCCAGACCGGAGCUGAGGUUUCUCCCUCCACUCUUUUUGCAGUGGCAAGCAUACUGGAGGGCUGCGCUUACCUCAACGGUUCCCCGCAAAACACUUUUGUCCCAGGGGCCAUCGAGCUGGCGAUACAGAAGGGCGUGUUCAUUGGAGGGGACGAUUUCAAAUCCGGUCAGACCAAGAUCAAGUCAGUGCUGGUGGACUUCCUGGUCAGCGCAGGGAUCAAGCCGACCGCGAUCGUCAGCUACAACCACCUCGGCAACAACGAUGGGAAAAACCUGUCUGCUCCGCAGCAGUUCCGCUCUAAGGAGAUCUCCAAGAGCAACGUGGUGGACGACAUGGUCCAGUCAAACCCCAUCCUGUACCGGCCUGGAGAGAAGCCUGACCACUGUGUGGUGAUUAAGUAUGUCCCUUAUGUGGGGGACAGCAAGCGUGCCAUGGACGAGUACACCUCUGAAAUCAUGAUGGGCGGGCACAAUACUAUUGCUAUGCACAACACCUGUGAGGAUUCUCUGCUCGCCAGCCCCAUCAUCCUGGACCUGGUGAUCCUAACAGAGCUUUGUCAGCGUGUGACUGUGCGGCCUCAGGGGGAGGAGGACUUCCAGUCCUUCCACAGUGUCUUGGCACUACUCUCCUUCCUCUGCAAGGCCCCACUGGUCCCAAAAGGCACUCCAAUCAUCAAUGCCUUCCACAGCCAGAGAGCCUGCAUAGAAAACGUUAUGAGAGCGUGCAUUGGCCUCCCUCCUCAGAAUCACAUGCUUCUGGAGCACAAGCUGAAGAGAAACUUCCUGCCUCCACCUUCCACCUACAUCAACGGAGAAGUAGCGGCUAAGAAAAAAGCCAUCUUCACAAACGGGAUCCACAGUUCAACAAAUGGCUUCCAUGCACAUGAUGAGGAUGCAUGUGAAAUAUGAUUACAGACACAAUACUACAUUCCUAAAUACAACGGUAACUGAAACAAAAUGAAAACCUUGUUUGUAAAAGAUCAAGGGCCCUUAUUGAUCAAGCUGUCAUCACAAAAAACAAGCUGCUAUCAACUUGACAUUUAGGUGAGAUGCAUUUAAUAUGAUGGGUAUUCGGAGCAUGUUGUCCUGUUAGAGAUAGACAUGGUUUUACGCAGAAUUAACCAUUUAAUGGUUUUAACAGAUACAUUUUGUAUUAUUUUAGUUUUUUUUUUUGUAGGUGUUUGUACCUUUAUUCAAGCUCUAAUUCAUCUUCAGUAAAUUAAUGUACUGUAGAUUUUCUUGAUGAAUGAGUGGCAUCUUUGUAUCUUGUGUUACUGUCUAUCAUUGCCUGUUUGCUUUCUCCAAAUGUUUUUGUGAAGCUGAAAUGUAAUGUUAAAGAGUAACUUGGCUUACUUAUAUUCAGCCAUCUAUUUUCUGUUGUUUGUGGUUGACAGGUCAAGCAUU